CCUACAAUUACACGAGUCCGAACAUACCUGAGUCCGAGCGGUAUUAUUUAGACUCUUCAGUUGCCGCUGUGUCCAUGUCCGGGCCACAGGAGAAAGACGAAAAGGUUAAUGGGGAGACGCAGAAGCAGAAGCAGCCCUAUGGGCAGUAUCAGAUCGAUAUCUACACUCAAGCUCUCAUCUCCGGCAAGACGCCUAUCGUCACAACCGACCCCAACAAACUGGAGCAGGCGGCCAGGGAGGCCAUGAGCCCGCAGGCCUUCAACUACGUCUUUGGCGGCGCCGGCGAACAAGCGACCAUGCAUGCCAACCGAUUGGCCUUUCGCCAGUGGAAGCUGAUCCCACGCAUGCUCCGCCCAACCAUGCCGCGAGAUCUCAGCGUCACCCUCUUUGGCAAGACCUACGACACGCCCCUCCUGAUGGCCCCGAUAGGCGUGCAAGCAGCGUACCACGCAGACGGCGAAAAGGGGGUCGCCAUGGCGUGCGCCGCGCUCGGCGUGCCCUUCAUCUACAGCACCGCCGCCUGCACGCCGCUCGAGGACGUCGCUUCGGCAGCCGACCUCUCCAUCAACCCGGCCGCCGAGUCGGAGCGCGCGGCCUCGACGUCCUCCAUCACGAUCGCCGCCGCCCCGCGCUGGUUUCAGCUCUAUUGGCCGCUCGACGACGCCAUCACGGCCUCGCUCCUCAGCCGCGCCCGCGUCGCGGGGUGCGAGGUGCUGGUCGUGACGCUCGACACGUUUACCAUGUCCUGGCGCCCGCUGGACCUCGACGCGGGUUACCUGCCGUUCGCCAAGGGCGAGGGCAACGCGCUCGGGUUCAGCGACCCCAUUUUCCGGCAGAAAUUUGCCGAGCAACACGACGGCGGCGCCGUCGAGGAUAACGUCGUCCAGGCGAGCCGGUUCUGGCUGGGCGAGGUCUUCUCGGGCCACGCGCACCGGUGGGAGGACCUGGCGACGCUGCGGCGGCUGUGGGGCGACCGGCCGAUUGUGCUCAAGGGCGUGCUGAGCGUGCAGGACGCCGAGAUGGCGGUCAAGUACGGCAUGGACGGCAUCGUUGUGAGCAACCACGGCGGGAGACAGCUCGACGGGGCCGUGCCGAGCUUGGAGAUGCUGCCCGAGAUUGUGGAUGCUGUUGGGGAUCGCCUAACGGUGCUGUUUGAUUCGGGUGUCCGGACCGGGGGUGAUGUUCUGAAGGCUCUCGCGUUGGGCGCCAAAGCGGUGCUGGUCGGGCGGCCCGUCAUCUAUGGCUUGGGCGUGGCGGGUGGCGAGGGAGCUCGGCAUGUGCUCGCCGGGCUGCUGGCCGACGUGGACCAGUCAAUGGGGUUGGCCGGCGUGCAGAAGGUGGCCGAGUUGAACCGGAUCAUGUUGCGGCGGAUCAACUACGGCGGUGAUGUCAAGUCAUGCCUCUGAAAACCAGGCCUGUUACUCCAUUCCUCUUCUUGUCUGCUCGGUGCACGUUUGUCUCUUACAUGAGAUACCAGCUUGCUCAGAUGCGGCAAGAUUCAAUGCUACCCGCUCGAACCAUGUUGUUUCUCGAAUCCAUCGUACUGCAGCCCAUAAUACACUGAGCCCGUCCUAUCCUGAAUGCAGCUCAGCUUUGGCCC